UGUUCGCGAAGAAUUACAAAUUCAGUUCUGCAGUUCGUGCACUGCAUUUCAAAUUCUCGAGAGCACUGAGUGUCGUGAGUUCACCAAGGCAUAAUAAGUUUCCGGACCACCGUUCCAGACCCCAAUUUCAUCAGAAAUUAAAGAUGGAGUGUGCACCGGGCAAGGUCGUUUUCUGUUUGUUGGCGGCGAUGUCUUCUCUGAUGGUGAUGGUGCGAAGUCAGGAACUUAUGUGUCCGUCUGUCAGUCCUAAAGACACAGACGACAAAGCCACAGCUGACGUGACUUGGACCGACCCGAGUGGGGGCGGGCUAUCUGGUGUGACAUGCCUCCCAGCUAGCGGCUCGCCAUUUCCAAUUGGCAUCACCACGGUGACGUGCACGGCUCAAAAUACGGCUGGAAAUACGGUCAUGUGCACUUUUUGGGUGACAGUAAAUGACAACCAGCGUCCAGAGUUCACCAAGUGCCCCGAACCGAUUCGGAGGACGAUUGCCAACUUCCAACCCAUGGAUUCCCUCUCGUCCCUGGCUGUCACCUGGGAGCAGCCAUCCACCAAGGACAACGCGCCGAAGCCAGCACAGUUAUCUAACACACACGAGUCGGGCACCGAGUUCGAUCUGGGCAGCACUAGCGUCAAGUACACUGUCAGAGAUGAUGCAGGAAACACAGCGAGCCAACCGUGCUCUUUUGAUGUCCGCGUUGUCGUCCAACCACCGAAUGAUCACAUCUUCGCCAAGGAUCUCUCUACUAAUGGUUUCACGGUCGUCUGGCCCCAGUCGGAAGACGAAGCCGUGACGGACUACAAUCUCUUAAUCUGGAAGGACGAUGCACCAAGACCAGAUUCCAGCCAGCGAAUCCCCGUGACACCCAGCGACGAUGACAGGAAAUACACGUACAUCGAGAAAGCAGUCGGUGAUCUGGAGCCCGCCGUGCUGUACAAUGUUGAGGUCAGCAGUGAGUCGGGCACCGUCAUCUCGUUGAUCCAGCAAUGGACGCGGCCGAUGUCCCCUACCAAUCUAGAAGCAAGUACCAUUUCUCCUUCUUCUGUGGAGCUGUCUUGGACUGCAAGCCCGGGAAAUGUGGAGCAGUACCGUAUUAUAACAUCCACUGGGAUUAAUUUCUACGUCCCCAAGGAAACAGAGAGCGUGACGCUGGAGUAUCUCGAUCCUCGUAUACAACUCAGCGGAUACGUGAGGGCCGUGGUUGGGUCAGGGAAAAAGCGACUUGAAAGUGAUUACGAUAGUGAAAGUUUCAUGACAGGUCCAGUGAAUGAUUCCCAGCUCAUAGCCUAUGACUACACUGAGUCAACAAUAAGGGUAGUGUGGAAGCAUUCCUCUUCGACAUCCAACUCCAAUGAACCCUACAUGCUGUUGAUUAAUCCACCGGACGCAGAGAAGAACUAUCUAACCGUCUUUGAAUCGACGCGUGGAGAGUUCAAGGGACUGAAGCCCAACACGGAGUACCAGAUCAGACUAAUCAGCAACCUGGGUCUGUCGCUCGGCACUUCUCAGAAAACCAGACCGGGUCGCGUCAGUAAUUUACGCCCGACUGCGGUGGCAAAUGCAUCGAUCACUCUUGAGUGGGACCCACCAGCGGAGGGGGCCGUCACCUCAUACGAGGUGAAAAUAUCCCCGGCGGGGACACAGAAUAAUCCUGCAAUGGAAUCGGACACCAGUCGUGUUUUCGUGGGCUUGAAGUAUGGCACCGAGUACAGCCUCAGUGUUGUGUCUGUUCAUGAUGGCAUGAAGAGCGUUCCCCAGACUCUGAUGGUGACGGCUGGUGUAACCAAGGCAGUGAUUGAACCACUGAACCAGCAGGCGAUAAUAAUUGGGUCGGUCUUGGGCGCCUUUGUCCUCGUUCUGGCCAUUGUCUUGGGUGUUAUCUGCCUAAAAUAUCGGAGCCUGAAGAGCCAAGCAGAGCCUGCAUUGGCGAGAACGGGACGCACAAAUGAAGCCGUGGCGCCCGAUAAUGGUUACCAGGCGGGAGCGGUUCAAGGUAGCGACGUGGGUGUGUAUGAGGUGCCGAAAACCGAAAGGACCCCAGGACCCCAUGAUGAAUACGAGAACACAGUCAUCGGUCAGCAAAGCGCUGGAAAGGCGGCACCAAAAACCAAGCCCAGGCCCAACUUUCGUUAAAUUAAGGCAGUUGAAAAGCCCAACAAGAAGACCGGUUUCGAUCGAGAAAUCACGGGCAUUUUAGACGUCUCUGGUCUUGAGAGGAUUUGGGACCUUUGGAAAGACAGAUCUACCCUGAAUUUUGCGGUUUUAAUUUGAGAACCUAAAAGAGUGGAUAUCAUUUGCACAAAAGUGUGUGUUUGAUUAAAAAGCAACUAUAUAUAUCAUUGGUAAUUAGAAUAAAGGUGUAUACGUUCUGCUUAAUAUUGUAGACAAAACUGUUGAUCUUCCCGAUAAUUUGUACGGAGAAUUUUGAUUUUCGCUUGAUUCAAAUGAAAAUGUUUACCAAUUUUUGAAACGAUUAUACCCAAAACGGGCAGGCAAAAUAUUUCCAGCUUGUAUUCUGUACGUCUACCACUUUUAAUUGUCCCUAAAUACUGUCUUUGUUCAAGGGACGCCAUAACGCCCUAUAAUUCACGAUAAAUAUUUGAAGCAUUAUACAUUGCUGCAAAUCUGGGAAAUAACAAAUGGGGAUCGCUCACAGAGGGACACUACUUUUUAAUGCAAAUCAAAUUUUCAAAUAACCAUAAUUUGAGAAUGCCCAGGUCCUUAUUUUAUUAUUUCUUUGUUCAACUUUUUUAUCCAUUUGUCAUUGGAUGUAAAAGUUUAAAUAUGUAAAUACUUUUUUUUUAUGUAUAGAGCGUAUAAAUGCAUUUUGGUGAGGAUUUCUUUACAGCAGCAUAAGCUUAAAGGCUUUGCAUCGGUCCCUGGUCAGACUGACUCGAAAUCCGGUAAUUUGUUUGUCACAUAGUAUGAACAGAAGUUAAAGCAGUGCUCACCAGGAAUAUUCUAGCUGAUUUUUUGGCAGGCUGACUAGGUCUUCAUCAGAGCAGGGAGUUGCAGUUCGUCUCCCAGCUCCGAUGAAGGCCUAGCUAUAGUCAGGCCGAAAAUUCAGCAAGAAAAUUCCUGGUAAGCACUGAUUUUACUUAUUUUCAUCAUAUUUACUUCUCUUAAUUCAUGCUACACAGGUUUGUUUUAUUUUGUUUGGCAUAAUACCUUUCAGGGUCAACAUUGCCACUUAUCUGGGUCAAAAUGACAUGCUUGACUAGUUUGACAAGGUUUCUGGGUCAAAACAAACCAAACCAAGACAAUCAUCAUUUUGACCAGGCAAAGUUUCAUUUGUUUGAUCCUUAAAUAAUAGGGUGGCUAAAAAAAAACCCGAAAUCGAGAUAUUGCUGCUAAUUGGAACAGAAGUAGGGCACAUGUUAAUCAAUUAACCCAAAGGGAGAUUUCUUCUGUUAGGGCUGAACCUCCUAUUUAAAAUGAAAGGGUCUAUUUAGAGAGUUGCGCCACUUUUCAAUUGUGGUUUUUGUGGUGUCAUUAUUUUUGUCAGAGUGAAAGGCAAUGGUUGCCAAUCAAGGCAUGUGGGAAAAAAGAAAAGAGAUUUCACCAUUUAAAUCUGACGAAUGACUUUUUAGAGCGUAUAUUUUAAUAUUUUGUCAAUAUGAUUGGCUUGACGAUUUUUUUUUUUUUUUUUUAAAUAGUUCGGUUGUUUUGAAACAAGUUUGAUGAAGAAGACACAUUGGUGUUUCAACUGAGCCAGAGCGACACAUGCAUGGAUUUAGAAUCCUGAAACCAUCUGUCAGACCAUGAAUGAGAACAUGGGCGUCGCUAGGAUUUUUUCGAGGGGGGAGGGCAAAAGCACAUCCCUCAAAUCGUUGUGCUUUCUCUAGCAUAUUCUCAAUGUAUCAUUCUUUUUGGAGGGUGGGCGGGGGACAUUAAAUUACCACCUCAUCCCCAUUUUAUACCCCUGCACAGCUCCCCCUUGCCCCAUCCUGUCGACGCUCAUGAAUGAGAAUGGUCCAGCUCAACUUGGCUGAGUUAUGUAUAAAUAAUGUAAAUUGUAACCGCAAGUCAUACACAGACUUUGAAAAACAAGAUGUAUUCUGCAUUAUGUCCUUCGCCGAACAAGAAGGCACACUUCGUAAUUGGUCAGUCCAUUGUUACACAGUCGGACCCAAAAACUCUCAUGUUCGGUCGAUGAUGUAAUGUGAUGAUUCUUUGUGUCAGAAUGAAACUUUUACUUUUGAGCUCAAACAUUUUGCACUGAGUUAAUGAUUCAAGUCUCUCAUCCGUUUUCUGUUUUUGUGACUUUGUUAGAAAUUUGUGACUUUGUACAGUACUGUAAUUUGUUGAAUGUAAUAGAGAUCAGUGAUGCAGUAUAUCAAUAAUUUUGAAUAUAAACCGGCAAUGAUUGAUCCACUAUUAUUAUAUAAGGGAUGUACUCAGAAAAAAAGUCUCAAUUUUUGGAUUUUGUUACAUUUCAAGACUGUGUGUUAAACACUGCAAACUUUAUAUUUAAUCAUACCUUGUGACACUGUCCUUGUCAUUGAACGUGUUUCUUGGUGAUGAUCAUUAUUAAGUAUUUGGCAGCAUUGAAAUAAAUGUCCGAUGAAGUACUGUAAUGGUUUCUGUGACCUCAGUCCAUGAUGACGAAACUCUCAUCCAGUAUGCAUACUAUACAACUGAGAUG